AGGCAGGACCAGCGUGCGGAGCCGAGGCCUGUGAUUGGUGCUUAUUGCCAGACCAAUUGGAGGAACUCUUGUUAGGCAGUCACAGAACCGGUCGGGAGAAAGGAAGACUGCAAGAUGGUGUUGGAAAGUACUAUGGUUUGUGUGGACAACAGUGAAUAUAUGCGCAAUGGUGACUUCCUACCCACUCGGCUGCAGGCCCAGCAGGAUGCUGUCAACAUAGUGUGUCACUCAAAGACCCGCAGCAACCCUGAGAACAACGUGGGCCUCAUCACACUGGCCAAUGACUGUGAAGUGCUAACCACCCUCACCCCUGACACCGGCCGCAUCCUCUCUAAGCUGCAUACUGUCCAGCCCAAAGGCAAGAUCACCUUCUGCACUGGCAUCCGUGUGGCCCACCUGGCUCUGAAGCACAGACAGGGCAAGAAUCACAAGAUGCGCAUCAUUGCCUUUGUGGGGAGCCCCGUGGAGGACAAUGAGAAGGAUUUGGUGAAACUGGCUAAGCGCCUUAAGAAAGAAAAAGUGAAUGUUGACAUUAUCAAUUUUGGAGAAGAGGAGGUAAACACAGAGAAGCUCACAGCCUUCGUAAACACACUGAAUGGCAAAGAUGGCACCGGUUCUCAUCUGGUAACAGUGCCUCCUGGGCCCAGCCUGGCUGAUGCGCUCAUCAGUUCUCCCAUUCUGGCUGGCGAGGGUGGUGCCAUGCUGGGGCUUGGUGCCAGUGACUUUGAAUUUGGAGUGGAUCCCAGUGCUGAUCCUGAGCUGGCCUUGGCCCUUCGUGUUUCUAUGGAAGAGCAGCGACAGCGGCAGGAGGAGGAGGCCCGGCGGGCAGCUGCAGCCUCUGCAGCCGAAGCUGGGAUUGCCACCACUGGGACUGAAGACUCAGAUGAUGCCCUGCUGAAGAUGACCAUCAGCCAGCAGGAGUUCAGUCGUACUGGGCUCCCUGACCUAAGCAGUAUGACGGAAGAAGAGCAGAUUGCUUAUGCCAUGCAGAUGUCCCUGCAGGGAGCAGAGUUUGGUCAGGCAGAGUCAGCUGACAUGGAUGCCAGCUCAGCCAUGGACACCUCCGAGCCAGCCAAGGAGGAGGAUGAUUAUGACGUGAUGCAGGACCCGGAGUUCCUUCAGAGUGUCCUAGAAAACCUUCCAGGAGUGGAUCCUAACAACGAAGCCAUCCGGAAUGCCAUGGGCUCCCUGGCCUCCCAGGCAUCCAAAGAUGGCAAGAAGGACAAGAAGGAAGAGGAUAAGAAGUGAGGCUGGAGGGGAAGGGUAGCUGUGCCUGCCUAGGGACUGAGGAGUGGGCGGGCCGGUGCAGUGUUAGGUGUGUCCUCUGUAACCCUUACAGCCUCAAUAAAGUUUAGCAAGGUACUUUCCUUUUUCGGUUCA